GUGGUGGUGGUUGCGGUAAACUGAACUGGACAUUCGUCAAUGGGUGCAAUAUAAAACAAGAUUUGUCCCAUCUGGUAGUCAGUCUAGUCCCACUCAGGGCAGUGAACAGUGAGCAAAUACAUCUCUAGGACAACAACUAGCAGUAUGAAGAGCAAGUACUGCCUGGCCGUCUUCGUGGCGCUUCUGGCCCUCUCAGAAGCUGCUGAACAGAAAACUGAGAACGCCGAUCAACCAGACAAGAAGCAGGAGAAGAGAGGACUGCAUGGAAGCUUCGGUGGAGACUUUGGAGGUGGCGACAUCGGAGGCCAUUCUGGUGGCUACGACUUCGGUGGAAGCGACUUCUCUUCCUCAUCCUUCGAUGGAGGCCAUUAUGGAGGAGGCUUCGACCAACACCAUGACGAACACCACGUCAAAACUGUGACUGUCACCAAACAGGUUCCUGUGCCUUACCCAGUCCAUGUCGAGAAGAAAGUACCCUACCCAGUCAAGGUCCCCGUCGACAGGCCAUACCCAGUCCAUGUGCCCAAGCCCUACCCAGUCACUGUCGAGAAGCCAGUCCCUGUCCCCGUCAAGGUCCAUGUCCCUCAACCAUACCCAGUCACAGUUGAGAAGAAGAUCCCAUACCCAGUGAAGGUGCCCGUCGACAGGCCAUACCCAGUCCAUGUGCCAAAGCCUUACCCAGUCAUUGUCGAGAAGAAGGUACCUUACACUGUCGAGAAACACAUCCCCUACCCAGUCAAGGUUCCAGUCGACAAGCCCUACCCAGUCCCCUACACCGUAGAAAAGCCAUACCCAGUCACUGUUGAGAAGAAGGUCCCUUACCCAGUGAAGGUGCCCGUUGACAGGCCUUACCCAGUCCCCGUUCCCAAGCCAUACCCAGUGACUGUUGAGAAGCACGUCCCUUACACCGUUGAGAAGCCAGUGCCCUACCCAGUCAAGGUCCCAAUCAAGGUCCCAGUUAAGGUGCCCUACCCAGUCGAAGUGAAGGUGCCAGUCCAUGUGCCCAUUCAUGUCCCUGUUCACCAUCACGACCAUCAUGACCAUCAUGAAAGCCAUCAUGGUUCAUCCUACUCUUAUCAUCAUUGAUAAGCUGCCAAAUGGAAUGACGAACACAACAAAUCAAAGCGUUACCAAAAAAUAGUCUGAAGUCAUGAGAUCAAAACGUAUUAUUUUAAUCACAUUAAUUUAGGAUUGCAUCAAGUAUGUUAGGAUUCCACAUCAAAAUACUCCUUCACAAUUUGCUCAAAAAUUUGAAAGAGAAGCAUGAUGUAUCCUAUGUUUGUUCAGUCUUGAGAAAAUUCUCAUGUUCAACUUUUAUCAACAUAUUCACUAAAAUUGCUUAAAAUGUUUGGGCAUUCCUCAUUAUCUUAACGCUCUAUUAGAGCCCCAACUCCCCAUGUGUGACUCAUAGAACAUCAUUGAUGACUUCCAUUGUUUCACCCUGCUACCUCAUUUAUUUCAUAUUUCAUUUUUCAAUAUCUCAUAUGAUUUUUCAUGAUUUAUAAACACGAUAUGUUCUCUGAGAUGAAUGUGUGAUUUCGAAAUGAAUAGUGUGUAAAAAUCGUAUUUAAUUAAUAAAUAUUUUGUAAUAAAAACUGAAGUUUUCCUUAAAUUA